AUGGACCAGUUCGAGGUUCGUUAUCCAAGCGGCAGCACGAGCGGGGGUCGGUAUCGCCUUCUGGAACUGCCAUCGGACCUGAGUAAUCUACUCGAAUCCGCCUCUGGUCAGCAAAUCAAACUGGAGAUCAAGGGGCAUCCGACCGAGGAUGCGGUGCUAUGCACGGCUAACAGAACCUAUGCAUUGCGGUCCGUUGUGCUAUCGAACUCCGUCCUCGUGGUUACACCCCGAGUUGAGCAUGAGGACGGCGACGUAGUCAUCCAAGACACCGUCAAUGAGGUCUUGGAGCUCCAACCAACUGUGCCCAAAGUACACGUGCUUCGUUCCCUUCUACGAGGUCGAGAUUAUGACGGAGAGUUCGAGGAUGAAAAUGAUACGUCUGCAAAGAAUCCAUAUACGUACCUGGAUGCCAAGCACGACAUCCAGGCGAGCGACGAAGAGCUGGAUAUAGGCCUUCGCAAGGCCCAUAUAUUGACUUUGAAGGGACAACUCCGUCCGAUAACCGACGCCCAUCUCCUGACCAUCUUGGAGCUUUUGUUGAAUACCCUGGUGGUGCUCUCAGUACCACACGACUCCGCGCCAGUUGAAGAUCUCUCUGCUGCGCUCCAAGAUGAGCAUGAUAUACCGAGACAUGUCUCCGAACAGGUCAUGGGCUGGUUCGGCACUCUUGACUCCAACGCAGGGAAAUGGAAUAUGGACGUGGAUGCUGUCGUUCGACAAAUCGGUAUCGCGUUGCUUCGGUCUCAUAGGAAGGAGCCGAUCCCCGAGGCGCAAUUCCUCGAGAAAUGGCGAAAGGCUGUUGGUGAUACAUUCGAAGCCUCCGUGACGAUCACACAUCUGGCCGGGGAUUAUCUGGCGUCGGCGAACGUCGAUGGAACGUCGAUCUCGUACUUCCCGAGUGCAGAACUGCCCAUGGAUCAUGCUGCAAGAUUCGGGAGCUUGUUCCUCGCGCGAUCACGGUGGAAGGCGGGCGAAAUCGCCCCAUUUCUGUCCGACAUCGCGAUAGAUCCUAAGGAGCGCGACAAAUUACUCCUCAAGUAUGCCCGUGCCAAUCAAGAUGGAGACGGAAUAUGGUACAGUGCCCGGUCUCAGUACACUGCGUAA